AUGAAAGGCCAUAAUACCUUAAUCCUUUUAUUGUUUGGAGAAGUAUUAAAAGCACUAGCAAUGCAUGGAACUCCAUACCUAGACGUUGAAUAUAAUGUUGGAGGAGAAAAGAGGUCUGGAAGGAUUACAUUUGAAUUGUACUGGGACAUCACUCCCAAAACAGCUAGAAAUUUCUAUGAGUUUGUAAAAGGAACAGAAAUUGGAGGGAAGUACUAUAAAUACGAAAAUGGCCUGUUCCACAGGAUUAUUCCGGGCUUCAUGAUGCAGGGAGGAGAUGUCGUGAUGGGAAACGGCUCUGGCUCCAUCUCCAUAUACAAUGCCGAACCUUUCUCCGACGAAAACUUCGAAAUCGCUCAUGAUAGCAUAGGCAAGCUGUCUAUGGCUAAUAGGGGUCCACACACCAAUGGAUCACAAUUUUUUAUCACAUUUGAUAAACAACAUCAUCUUGACGGCAAGCACGUAGUGUUCGGAAAUGUCUCUGGAGAAUGUCUUUCCUUGAUCAGAGACAUACAAAAGAUCGAUAUCGAUCGUGAUAGGCCAGUACACCCGGUGAGAAUAGUCAGGUCCGGAAUAGUGGAGGAAGGAGAGGAAAAAUAUCUUUAA